GGAAGAAAAGAACAUGGCUCCUGCGGCGGGCAGGACCGAGGGCGGCGCAGCGCAUCCGCGCGCCGGGCGCCAGUGACCACGAUGGUGAACUCCAGCCGCGUGCAGCCGCAGCAGCCCGGGGACGUGAAGCGGCAGCCCCCGCCCCGAGCUCCCGGCCCGGGCCGGCUGAUGGCGGGCGGCGCGGGCCUCGCAGCCCCGGGCGGCCUCCGGGAGCAGCGGGGCCUGGAGAUCGAGAUGGAGCGCAUCCGGCAGGCUGCCGCACGGGACCCUCCAGCGGGAGCCUCGGCCUCCCCCUCUCCUCCGCUCUCGUCCUGCUCCAGGCAGGCGUGGAGCCGCGAUAACCCGGGCUUCGAGGCUGAGGAAGACGACGACGAAGAGGAGGUGGAAGGAGAAGAAGGGGGAAUGGUGGUGGAGAUGGACGUGGAGUGGCGCCCGGGCAGCCGGAGGUCAGCAGUCUCCUCCACUGUGAGCUCUGUGGGCGCCCGCGGCCGGGGGCUGAGUAGCUACCACGGUUCUGGCCACCCGAACGGGAGGCGGCGCCGACGAGAGGACCAGGGUCCGCCGUGCCCUAGCCCGGUCGGCGGCGGGGACCCACUGCAUCGCCACCUCCCCCUGGACGGGCAGCCGCCCCGCGUGGCCUGGGCUGAGAGGCUGUUUCGAGGGCUGCGAGGUCUCUGGGGAACAAGACUCAUGGAGGAAAGCAACACUAACCGAGAGAAAUACCUUAAAAGUGUUUUACGGGAACUGGUCACAUACCUCCUUUUUCUCAUAGUCUUGUGCAUCUUGACCUAUGGCAUGAUGAGCUCCAAUGUAUACUACUAUACCCGGAUAAUGUCGCAGCUCUUCCUAGACACCCCAUUGUCUAAAACAGAGAAAACGAACUUUAAAACUCUUUCUUCAAUGGAGGACUUCUGGAAGUUUGCAGAAGGCCCCUUACUGGAUGGGCUGUACUGGAAGGUGCAGCCCAGCAACCAAACAGAAGCUGACAACCGAAGUUUCAUUUUCUACGAGAAUCUGCUGUUAGGGGUUCCACGCAUACGACAAGUCAAAGUCAGAAAUGGAUCCUGUUCCAUCCCCCAGGACUUGAGAGAGGAAAUUAAAGAGUGCUAUGAUGUUUACUCUGUCAGUAGCGAAGACAGGGCUCCAUUUGGGCCACGAAAUGGAACUGCUUGGAUCUACACAAGUGAAAAAGACUUGAAUGGGAGUAGCCACUGGGGAAUAAUUGCAUCUUACAGUGGAGCUGGCUAUUACCUGGAUUUGUCAAGAACCAGAGAGGAAACAGCUGCCCAGAUUACUAGCCUCAGGAAAAAUGUCUGGUUGGACCGAGGAACCAGGGCAACUUUUAUUGACUUCUCAGUGUACAAUGCCAACAUUAACCUGUUCUGUGUGGUCAGGUUAUUGGUUGAAUUCCCAGCAACAGGCGGUGUGGUUCCCUCUUGGCAAUUUCAACCUGUAAAGCUGAUUCGAUACGUCACCACUUUUGAUUUCUUCCUGGCAGCCUGUGAGAUUAUCUUUUGUUUCUUUAUCCUUUAUUAUGUCGUGGAAGAGAUAUUGGAAAUUCGCAUUCACAAACUACAAUAUUUCAGGAGUUUCUGGAAUUGUCUGGAUGUUGUGAUCAUUGUGCUCUCGGUGAUGGCUAUAGGAAUUAGCUUAUAUCGAACAUCAAAUGUGGAGGGUCUACUCCACUUUCUGGAAGACCAGAAUACUUUCCCCAACUUUGAGCAUCUGGCAUAUUGGCAAAUACAAUUCAACAAUAUAGCUGCUGUCACAGUAUUUUUUGUGUGGAUUAAGCUCUUCAAAUUCAUCAAUUUUAACAGGACGAUGAGCCAACUGUCUACAACCAUGUCUCGGUGUGCCAAAGACCUCUUUGGCUUUGCCAUUAUGUUCUUCAUUAUAUUCUUAGCAUAUGCUCAGUUGGCGUACCUCGUCUUUGGUGCUCAGGUUGAUGACUUCAGUUCUUUCCAAGAAUGUAUGUAAGUAUAUAUGAAAUUAAGAAGAAAAAUAUAAUCAGAGAUGUUACUGCCUUCUCAAGCAUUAAGAAAUCUUCACAGUUGCUAUUUGAGUACUAUGGAAGAGUUAAAAAUGUUUAUUCAAAAUAAAAAUGAGUCACUUUUUCCAGAAACAUUUACCUACCAAUGCAAAGUUGUUAAUACCUUCUGAAAUGCUGAUGCUUAAGAUAGCUGCUCUCAGGUACUGAGAUAAAGUGGAUCAGCCACAGAAAACCACUAUUCCAGUCUUCCUGGCUCUCAGAGUAUAUGGGAGU